UACGACAGUUGUGUUUCAUCUUUUGCCAAGAAUGGAGUGUCUCGUGUGUAAGAUAGCGUUUAAAAAGGCAGAUCAGAAAAUUAAGUGCAAUCAGUGCGAGAAAUCGGUUCACCGACGCUGUUUUACAUCGAUUGACAAGGAUUGCUACAAGAUCGCAAAGCGGGACAAUUUGUUUACAUGUUUUUCUUGUGAACUGGAAAGUAUUCCCUCAGCCGCCGUUGAAGCUAAUUCGAUUCCGCUCCAGCAAUCACGACCUAAACGGAACAGAAAACCGAACCCUCGUUACGACCAAAGUUCUCCGAAAAGGCGAAAUGCAGCAGUUAUUCCUUUCUCGGAUUCAGUUAUCGCUUCAACGUCUUCAACUACAAACAUAAUUGCCAAUGAAACAUUUACUAUUCAUAGCUCCUCUAACCACUCAGUCGUCCUUGAAGAAGUUGUCCCUCCAAUGCCGUCAAUAAAUAUGGACUUUCCAGAUAUUCCACAGGAAUUACUUGACAUGGCAGUUGCCAAUAUGUCUCUGAAUGACUCUGCAAUUAAUCCUUUUGAUUUUUCUUUUAGAUUAGACACUUCACUUCACCCGCCAAGCCCAGUUAGACCAGAAGAUAAUUCCACAGCUAGCAGAUCAUCCUUUGAAUCAGAGAAUGGAGAUACUGUUCAUUCGCCUCGUCACGUUACUCCGGUCCCCAUCAGAGAGAAAAGCCUGAUUUACGAGGAGCCAAUCACACCAGCAAUCCGGGGUAAAGACGUCAGGAGUCAGAACAAAGUCCGAGUCACCAUUGAGAAAGCCUCUUCCCACCCGGAAAAACACCAAGACAAGGAAAAUCACCAAAAUGGAAACAGCAUAUUCGCGGAUGAAUCUGUCAUACGACCAUCAGAGUUGGAACAUCAAACGACUGUAAGUUGCAUUUUUUCCAUCCCUUUUCCUGAACCAACUUGCGAAAACGCAGCUGUUACCACGUCGGCAAGUGAGGAAACAAAGGAACAAAAAAUCGCUGUGACUUCCGACCACCUUGGUGACCACGAAGACCAACCCGGGCUGAAACAUCUGGACCAGUUGGAGCUCUUACACUCGAUCCUACACGAUGCCCACUUGACGCCAGGCGACGAUCAACGCGCUUCAAACGCCGUACACCAAGCCGAAACCUUCAGAGUCUUUGAUCGCCCAUGGCCAACGGCCAAAAUUAAGAAACGAAGCAGAGGUUGCACGAAAGAGCCGUUGCUUUUUGCGCAAAGACGGUGCGUGCUUGUCUGCCCAGCCGCCUAA